ACGUAAUCGUGGCGGGAGUCGAACCCGCAAUUUUCGGAUGCCUUUGGUAUCUUAAUUAGAAGUCCGACGCCUUAUCCAUUAGGCCACACGAUCCUGCCAUCAGAGCCACUUAAAAAAAGAAAAGUUGCUGUUAAAUAAUUGCCCAACUUGCACUUUGCUUCAAUGUGGGAGUGCAUAGUGAAAUAAAUCCGGCUGAAUCCGAGAUGCGUUUCUAAGCGGAAACGCUCCCGACCUGCCCGACCGUGGCAUCCAUAUUUGAAAAAUAUCGAUUCCAUUUCCCUUGGACCAAUAAGAGAGAGACCCAACUUUAUGGCCGUUGACAUUCAAAAGACUUUGAACUUUAAUAAGAUAGUAUGUAUAAGUGCAGCUUGAAAUUUUUUGUUGACCGAGUCCCUGCUGCCAGACGAUCCCCAAAGGAAUAGAGGCGUUCCUUUUUUUAAAAAAAAAAAACCUCCUCUGUCUGCUGCUGGUGCAUCUCCGUCUAUAGGCUUAAUUAACAAUUCAAAUAUAGAGGAGGCAUCAAACGAAAGGGUAGAGGUGAAUGGCCGAAUUUACUUGGAUGUAGUUCACCUGUGUUCCAUUGGAAGCAGCCCUCGGUAUAUAAGUGGAAAGGCUCUGUCCAAUUAAUAUUCACAACUGAAAGCACAUCCGAAGUUUGAACACAUACUCCUGAGAAAUGCAAGCGUUUAGCUUUCCCGGUAUUUUCGUCUGCAUUGUUGGCGUUCUCCUGUUCAAAGGGCAAGUGAGCGAACAAUUCGCCGUUAUCCAGCAAGAGUCGGAAUCGGACAUGAUUCCGGCAGACCAGACAACCUUAAUUGAAGAUAAAACCGAAGCGGCUUGCCAGGGCAGUAUAGGAACUAACAAAUGUAUUAAAACCAACGGUGUCUGCUACUGCUUCGUGCCUCAACAGCUUCCUUGGUUGAAAGCUUACGAAUUCUGCAACUCGUACCGCAAGAAUUUGAUUAGCAUCCAAUCGACAAAGGACCAGCAAGUUGUUACCCAAUUUCUGAUGCCCCUCAUCUUAAACGGUGAGUGCAGAAUCAAUCCCCCCCCCCCCCCCACCCUUUGUGCCAGCGUAUUAUUUUAUCGAUCGUGUCUCAAUUUACCGUUGAAAAUUCUACGCAGAUCCCGUGGCGAAGAACAUUGGAGUGUGGACGUCUGGCGCAUCCGUCCCCGGAUUGAAAACUUAUUUCUGGGUCUCCAAACUGAGUCUGUUCUUUUACAGCAACUGGUUUUACGGCGAGCCCAGACCCACCAGCUUGUCGGAAUGCGUCCGCAUUGCACCAGUGCCGGAAGGCCCUUGGGCUUCCACUCCGUGCGAGCAAUGGCUGCCGUUCGUUUGCCAAGACUGAGAGAGCUGUGAUCAUCUCCUUUUUAUAAUUUAUUCUUCUCACAUUUUACAACAUUCUCGAAAAGGUUCACCGAUAAUACACGGGAUUUAUGUUUCGAAAUCGCCAGUUUCGGGUUGUACACAAUCAGGAGAAGUGAAAAAGCUGUUCGGGUUUCUUAACUGAACAGGAGAAUCUGCAAUAUAUAGGCGGAAUUCAACUUGAGAUCUCGCGGCCUCACCUUCUCAGCGUAUAGGAUGUAAACACUUGAGUGAAGCAAUCUACAUGUUCCGUGAAUAAAUUCCCACAAGGAUUAUUUGACGUUUUCGAUGUCGGCCACUCGGCUGUUUCCGACGACGGCAGCGCAACUUUGGGACGAUGUUCAAAGGCAACGAAAGAAUUCGCCAACGCAGUGAAAACAGAAACUUUUGUUGAUCUCCCAGACGCUUUGAUAACAAAGACGUUGAGCUUAUUUGGUUAUUUGAUCAAAGUUCGUACGGUACGUUGCCACCGAGACAGGGCGAACUUUCCAACACGAAAUAUAGAACCGUUAAGAUAAAAGCGAUUAAAUGAUAUAAAAGUAACAAUGUCAUUUUUUAACAAGGAAGCCGCCGGACCCGAAACCUUUUGUCAAAUGGUGCACUUAGCAAGAAAUCAACAAAUUAACUCGGCAAACCAACAACGAGCUACUUAACGAUAUCUACAAUAGAGCCGAAAGCCCGAAAUAAUUGGCCAAAUCAAAAGAAAUGUUACUAUUUUCACAAUUUUAUUUCUAAUAAUAAUGCGAAUAAGAGGGUAAAACUGAUUAUCAUCAUGAGACUGGUUUCUUCGAACCGACGUGAGCCACGUGAGCCAUUAUAUACAAUGCACAUAGUAUCCUAUAACGUGGCCCUUACAAUGUUGUAUUAAUCCUGUUUUGGCAAGCUAAUUGAAUACUGGUUGUCUGGAAAGAUAAAGCGUCUGGAGUUGCCGUCUGGCAUUCUAUUUCAAAUUGAAAGAAAGCCAGACAUCGCAAAUGUGCCCCA